AUGGCACCAUCUGCAGCGGCAGCGUCACUAACGCGUGACAAUAUCAAGUUUCUGGCCAUCGCACGCGCUACCGACAAAGUAAUUGUGGCUUGCUAUAUGCAUACAGCUGGAAAGCCUGUACGCAAUGGAGAAGGUGACAUGAAUGUGUUUCGAGAAAUGCUUAGUAAAGUGAUUCGUGCUCCGACAUGGAAGACACAAGUGACACCAAAUGGCCGUCAUUCGCUUGAUUGUGAUCCAAAUAAGUUUCACUUUACUAUGAACAACGAUGAGCUUGUGUUUGCAGCUAUAACUUCGAAAGACUAUCCCAUUCGAUUAGCUUUUCAGAUGAUUUCAGCGAUUCAGACGGAGAUUAUACCAAAAUUUGGAUCGAAAGCUCUGACCUGUCGAGAGAACGGACUGGACAAGGAUUGUGCGAAAAUCUUUACUGCUAUUGCUGCUGGGUAUGAUGACCGUACAAAGGUGGACAAACUAUCGGACGUAAUGCAUCAAGUUGAUGGUGUAAAGACAGUGAUGCACAAUAAUAUUCAAGUGGUCUUGUCAAAUACGGAGAAAAUGGAAGUUGUGGAGCAAAAAACAAACGAUCUCAAUGAACAAGCUAAAGUCUUUCGGAACACUGGCCGAAAAUUACGUCGACAAAUGUGGUGGAAAAAUGUCAAGCUCACAAUCUUGCUUAGUGUCUGCGCUAUACUUGUUCUUUUCAUUCUCCUUGCCGUACUUGGAGUCUUUAAAAAGAGCUCUUCCAAGGAGUCUAAUAGAUUACUUCGUGCAUUUUAG